AUGGCGUCGCCGUUCAACAAGCUUCCCUCCGAGCUCCUCGAGGAAAUCAGCUGGUGCCUUGCCCCAUCGAUAUCAUCUAUGAACAGCUUCGCGCAAGCCUGCCGCUGGGCCUACUCCGCUGCGAACAGGGUGAUGUAUCGCCUGGAUGGCGCGCAAGGAAGUAGGGCUCUGCAUUGGGCUGCCAGGAAGGGCCAAUUAUCCACAGCCUCGCUCUCUCUCGAUAACGGCAGUGAUAUCAACGCUGAGGAAGCCGAUGCGAUGUGUCGCUCGCCUUUGGCUCUCGCUGCCGAGUUCAACCAGGUGGCGUUGCUCAAUCUGCUUAUUCGCCGAGGCGCGGAUGUAAACAAGUUCUGCGCGGGUUCAUUGCCUGGAGGCGAAUCCCUUCUUCGUCUUACGCCUCUUGCCAUGGCCGCACGAAAUGGGCACCCUGAAUGCGUACGGACGAUCAUUGCUGCAGGAGGCCAUGAGGCCGUUAUGGACUCGGCACAUUUCGACACAACAUUGGACGUUUCCCGGGACGGGAUGCCACCUGGCACUGGCGACUAUAUUGCUGUACUGGCCAUUUUCUUGGACUACUGGAUAGCCAGAGGAGGAUCGAGCGACGGCAGCUGCUGCGAGGCACUUCUCUGGGCCAUUCGCAACAACCGAAUUGAUUGCGCCAAGCUUGUUCUUGAUCGUGUUGUUUCUCCACGAGAGGCAAGCACUAUCCAAAAAACGGGCAAGUCGCUCCUCGAGGCUGCCAGUGCCGGGCAUCUAGACCUCGUCAGGAUGUUGGUGGAGGACUACAAGCUUCCUCCUGAUUAUACACCUCACCCAGAGCUGGAGACGCCGCUCUUCUGGGCUGUAAUGGACGACAGACAGCCUGUGGUGGAGUACCUCUUACAAGCUGGCGCCGAUCCCUCCAAAGGUGCCGGCUCGCAAACGCCCUUCCGGCUCGUCGUCGAGAGAGGGGACAUGGUCACGCUGAAAAAGUUCCUGUCGUACUCCGAGAGUGGAGAGGCUCGUCGUCGCCUGGCCACUUCUGCGUUUGUUCUUGCCGUGUCACAGGGUCUGCGCGGAGCCUCCCAGCUACUGCUCAGCUACGGUGCCGACGUGGAGACGGUUGAUAGUGAUGGCGUAACCGCGCUAUUCUACGCGAGCGCUUUUGACGAUGCGACUUUGUUUGAUGUACUCAUGGCCAGAGGCGCAAAUGUGAAUCCACCCGGCCCAGUGAAGCCCCUCCACGUGACUUCUGCGCGCGCUACCAUGACGCAGAGGGCACAGAAGCUGAUCGAAGCCGGGGCAGACGUGGACGCCAGGGACGCGGACGGCUUGACGCCUCUCAUGUACGCGUGCAAGGCGGGCCAGUUGGGGGACGCAAGAGUGGUCGAGAUGCUACUCGAUGCCGGUGCUGAACCUCGCGCCACGGACUGUUGGUCUGACUGUGCAGUCUCAUACGCUAUGGCGACAAGGCGGGCAGAUUUUGUGCGAAUGGUUCUCGCCAAGGGUGGGCAUGUCAAUCUGGGCGUGGAUGGAAGGGAAGAGCCCUACCUUGCAAGUGCAGUUCGGUCCGGUUUCUUCCAAUCAUUUGAAACUGUCAAACUCCUUGUCGAGGAGUGUGGCGCCGACAUCACGGUCAAGGAUGCUGGGGGAGAGUCGAUCUUGAGGCGAGCCAUACAUGAGGAGCACAUUCGGAUUGUGGAAUUCCUGCUUGACGCUGGUCAUGAGAUUGUGGAGGGAGACUUGGAUGUUGCGCGCGAACGAGGAUGUACGCAGAUCUUAGGCUUGUUGCAGAGAAAAACAACAGCUCACCUGGACUAG